GGUCCUCCAGGAAGCCCCGGCCAGCCCGGUCCAGCAGGACUUUCGGGAGUUGGGCAGAAGGGGGAGAGGGGGGCAACGGGAGAGAGAGGACUCGGUGGGAUUCCAGGCCAGCCCGGUCCACCAGGUCAUCCGGGACCACCGGGUGAGCCUGGCAUGGAUGGACAAGUUGGCAAAGAGGGCCCAUCUGGAAAACCAGGACCCGUGGGACCGGCUGGGCCGAAGGGUGAACGUGGAUCGGCAGGGGAGAGGGGCCAGCCCGGAGAGAGAGGCAGGGCUGGGAUGCCCGGAGGACCUGGAAAGAGUGGUGAAAUGGGCCCCAUGGGGUUACGGGGCCCUUCGGGUGAGAGGGGGCAGCCUGGGCCUCCUGGGCCCCCCGGUAACCCUGGGACCCCAGGAAUGCACGGAACCAUGGGAGAUGCUGUUAAUUACGAUGAAAUCCGGAGAUUCAUCAGACAAGAGUUGAACAAAAUGUUUGAUGAGCGAAUGGCGUAUUACACUUCCAGGAUGCAGUUGCCGGUGGAAGUGUCUGCCCAGCCAGGACGGCCAGGACCCCCAGGUAAAGAUGGAACUCCUGGACGGCCAGGACCUCCGGGUGCCCCAGGAUUACCAGGACAGAUAGGAAGAGAGGGGCGACAAGGUGUGCCCGGCAUGAGAGGUGAACCUGGAGCCAGAGGAGAAAAGGGAGACAAAGGAAUUGGCAUAAUGGGGGAGAGUGGACCGCCAGGCCCUCAAGGUAUCCAAGGACCCCCCGGCUAUGGAAAGAUGGGUCUCCCUGGGCCAAUGGGACAACAGGGUAUCCCUGGUAUCCCGGGCCCCCCGGGAGCAACGGGGCCUCCGGGGAAAGAAGGCCACUGCAACCCUGCAGAUUGCUUCGGCAUGAUGCCUCUGGAGCAGCCGAUGUACCAACCCAAAAACAUGAAGGGGCCUUUAGGCUGAGAAGCUCCCGACUCCGUUUCUUUUCUUUUCUUUCUUCUUCCGGAAAAGACUCCAUUGGGAAAAACCAAAGAUCUCCUCUUUGUGACUGACCGUGAAUGAUUAUUUUUUUCAUUGCUGUUAAUAUUUUGACUAUAUGUAUAGGGUUUUUUUUUCCUCCAAUGGGGUUCAACCUCUUGCGGUGGCAUUUUUUUUUUUUUUUACAAUUACGCAAGAGCCCUGCGUGCAUGUAUGGUUGUGUGCGCCCAUGUGAUAUUAAACAGAAGUUGAUCCUUUUGUCUGCGGUUCCCAAAAA